GGGAGGGUCGCGCGCUACCACCACGGCCGCAGUGAAGCGAGUGCCGCUCGUCGCGCGCCAACAGCCCACGAUGGAGUGCGACGCACAGGACGAACACGCGUUGCUCUGGGAUAUUUUCCGUUACCUGAGUGAAAAUCUAAGUGGUGAGAUGUUAUCAGAUACGGCUGACAAUGAACGCAAGGCACUUCUUGAAAGGCUAUCUUGUGUUUUCCCUGAUUUACCCAGUACAUACUUGGAUAUGAAUGGAAAGAGUCACUGUGAUGAAGACUAUAUAGUAACCGAUGUCAGUGAAAAUAAGAAAGAUCGAAAUGUUGGCCUAAAAAUCCGAGACGAGAAAUAUUCUAAUGUUUUUGAAUAUUCAUCUAAUCCAAUUUUGAAGCAUGCCAGCCCAGAAAAUACUUGCACGCAAAUGAACAUUAGUUACAGAGAAUUGUGUACGAAAGCAAUGAAGUUUGGGCCUUUGCUUAGAAGAGAACGUUUAUUUUUCUUGGAUCAAUUCCGGAGGUGCUGGGCGGGACUCGUGGAGCACACCCUUCUUCUUUACACAGGUGAACGGGACACUAAACCCGUUUUCAGCCUUAAUGUCCAAGGCUUUUCAGCACGCAGAGCAACAAAUAUCUUGACAAAAGAUCAAAAAAAAAAGGACCUGUGUUUUGAAGUUGUGUGCCCAGGACAAAAGACGUAUCACUUCAUAGCAAGAACUGUGAAAGACAUGGAUCAAUGGGUGGCUGCUAUAUGUGAAGCAAGUGAGCAUGAACCAUGCCUUAACCAACGGAAACCACACCAGACUCUCAGAAAACUACCAUCACUUCCUCGUGAAGACGUGGAGUUGUACGAUGACGUAACAGUUUUUCGCGAUAGCGGAGAAGAAAUCUAUCACGAUAUUUCAGAUAUGCAGCCUAGUGAAUUAUUAGAAGACAAAAAAAGUCCGCUUGUAGGUAAUCACUUAACAGAGCUCCAAGUUUCUGGACAAAAAAAAGGUAAUGACCUAAGUGAGGAAGAAUAUAAAGAAAUUAUAUACGACGAUGUGAAUUCCUUGUUUGCUUUUAAAGAUUUUGGAAAUUCUGUGGACUUAAAUAAACCUCAACAACAAAACACGGUGUCACAAAGAGAGAUAAUCGAAAAAAUUCACGAAAAUAGUGAAGAUAAUUUAGAAAUGUACGAUGAUAUUGGAACUGAAAGUACAAGUUUUAAAAAAGCUAACUCCAGUACACAGAAAACCAACAUCGGCCUGAUAGAUAAAAAUUUUGGUGAACAAAUUAAAGCAUCAAUUUUUAAAAUGAAAAAUAGUUCUGGUUUGUCUAAAGUAAAAAUAACUACUGCAUCUAAGACGGAUUCGUCAGAGGAACUGUAUGAGGCAAUUGAAAACCCAGUUUUACAAUGAUCACGUAGUAUUUAAAAAGCUCUUACUGACAUUUAUUCUUACACAGAAAUCCAAAACUAUCUCAAAUCACAAUAUUUAAAUUUUUUGAUGUAAAAACUAACUGUUUUAACUGUGCUUAUUUAAUUUUAAAUUCUGAAAUUCAUAUGGUCAUUCAUUUGGUCCAUGUAAGAGGUGUCGUGCUAGUUUUCUACAUUAACACUCUAGGUUAUUUUUGUGGGGGCUGAUCUUACUUGUAAGGAUAGUGACUAGCAUAAAUGAUGAAUUAAAUGUUAUAUUUUAUACAUUGAAAACCAAAAUGCAAACAGCAAAAAUACAGGACGUCUCUCAAUUAUUUAAAGUAUCUUUGUAGAAUGUGUUUUGUUCACAAAACAACGUGAUCAAGAUUAUUUCUAAACAACUCAUUAAAUAGAAACGUUUUCAUUCCUGUAUUCUCAAAAUUAGGCUACAAAGAGUGCAGAAUAUGAUUAAAGAGCUGCAAUAUUGUGGAUAAUUAAAAAAUGGCAAAAAUCAAUUAAGGGGAUAGGGCAGUCAAAAUAACAUUUAAACAUUACUGCAUAAUUUAGGUUCAAGUUUUGGGUAUUGUUUGCUUCUAUGGAUAUUUAUGUUUUGUACAAAUAUAGAUACACUGCAUUUGAACAUUCAAAUUUUUAAUAAAAGAGAAAAUGAUGAAAUAAGAUCUUAGAGACAGUCAUUACAUGACACUUCAUACUGUACUAGAUUAUGUAAGGCCUGCCACUCUAACUUAUAUGGAACAGCUAGUUUGGUGAUCAAUAAAACAGUUACCCUGCC